AUGCUGCACGAGCUUCUGCUAGCGCUGGUUGGCUACACGGGCGACUUUGUGAUCGAUGUGAGGGAGCAACGGAAGGCAUUCGGUCUUGCGGAUACCCAAAUCUCGGACGGCUCGCCAGCUUUCAAGCUUGCCCCUGAUAUCUCCUUCCUCCAGCCGUCAGAGAGGUGACAGCAUCUCUGAACUGUCUUCCCGAGACUAACUGCCAAAAACGUGUUGCACAGUGUUUUAGAAAUAGCGGAGAUGUGCUGUCAUUUAUUGUGAGCUCGUCGACUCUGUGAUUUUGUGUUGUUUUAACGUUUGAUGAGAUUUAUACUUCGGUUUUUGUGCGCAGGAGUGUCAUCGAAAGUCUUCUUCCUCUGGGCUUCUAUUAUAGGGAGCUCGACCACUUUGCCGCGUCGUCCCGCAACUUGAGCUCCAUAGUUGACAAACAGGGCGAUCCUCUGAGGAAUCAUUGUUCAGAAUCCGCGAAGGGGAGAACAACAAACCCCAGUACCUACCGCAGGGCCGUGGCUAAUGGAAUUGUCGAGAUCUUGUCAGUGUAUAGAUCUGCGGUUCUACAAGUCGAGCAGAGACUUCUGGCAGACCCCGAUCCCAUUCUGGCAACUGUGACUCAGGGCCUGAACAAGGUGCAUUUCUUGUAUAUUUUGGUUGGUGUUCCUUGUAACUACUAUGCGAUCUUGCAAGAUAUUUUAUUUAACGCCACCUGUCAAAAGUUAUAAUGACUAGCUAGUUACAUCACUUCAUAUGAGGACUUUGUCAUGCAUAGGGUAUCUCUUGUGCCUUUGUUCUCCGUUCAUAUGUUCGAAACGCUGAGGAUCAGGUUAAAAUACGCAGAAAGUGCAACAGAAAUGCUGGUAGGAAUGAACUUGGCACACCUCUGGAUAUCUACUGAAUAAAACUCCUAGCUCGAGAAGGGCAUGCAAAGGGAUAGGAUACUCAUGCUUACUGCUUCCCCAACUUUUUUUCUGUCCAGAAAAAAUAAUGGUAUUCUCCUGUUUCAUAACAUGUAUUUGAUAUUGAUCUAAACUUCCAAGAUUCAUUUUCAUGCACCUACAGAUUUCAAGCUUAAAAAUAUUUUACUUUGAAUAAGAUGCUCCCUCAGAGUGCCGUUUUUCCGUAUUUUCAGUUAUGUAUUUGGGGAAAUGGUAGAGUUAGUGUUUCUACCUAAAUGUUCUCUUGAAAAUUGAAAUGAAACACAACCGAUAAAAACCCAGUGGUUAUGCGAUUUAACUCAUCAAAGAAGGCCUGUUGUUUGUUUGUUAUUCUUAGUCAUCAAGUUCCAGUUUUUGCUUUCACUUUUAGUCCUGUUUGCAGUUCUGUCUGAUUCCUUCCAAGCAGUUAGGAAUUUGGUCAUCCUGUGUCAUGAUCUGUGCAAGGAUCAACCCAGUUGGUCACCAAUUGUUGUGAUUCGGUCAAUGGAUGACAAUGGAUGGUGAUUACUCUCUUUAGAAUCGACCUAAUCAAAUGCAAAUGGCAAGACUUAGCAAUUAACUAUAAAAUUUGUAUAUAAUACUUUCAAUUCAAGAGCACUUUUUAAGAACAUUUAUUUCUAUUUUAAUGUUAAGCUAUGCCCUAAUCCCCACUUGCAUGCCAGAAAGAAGAGAAAAAUAUUUUGGAUAUAUCACUCUAAAGUAGCUAUGUCUAAGUUAUCUAAAAUUCCUUUUUCAUUUUUUCCAGACUUUAUUUUUCUUUAAAUAAGCUUGAGAGCAGUAUUGUAUAUUGUAUUUCAAUGUUGAUUGUUGCCACAGAAUACCAGGGAAAAAUACCAUUCUUCUCCUCUAUGUGUAUUUGGUUACUUUCUUAUGCUUGGUCAACAUUAUGUAUAUCACUGGUUAUUGUUAUGCCUCAGUUCUAUGUGCUUUUGCCUCCUCUGCAUGAGCUCAUUCUGGAGAUCGAACGUGAUGAUAUUAGAGGUGGGCAACUUCUCAAUCUUCUGCACAAACGAUGCCACUGUGGUGUGCCUGAAUUGCAAUCCUGCAUUCAAAGGUAUUUUUUCUGGUUUUAUCUACCAACUGCAGCUUUUAUUUUAUAAUCAUUGUCCUUAUUGUGAAUGUAUGUGGCUGCUGUCUCGGUUACACGAAAUCAAAUCUCUUGGGUAUGAAAGGCUAUUCUGGAUGACAUUUUACUUGAUAUGAACUGCUUUUUAGCAAUGACCUGGCGAACACUGGUUUUGUUUCAGGAGAGGGCUGCCUUUUGGUGCCAAAAAUCUAUGAUGGAUGCUAACUGGUAGUGUAUAAGUCUUCCAAUUAUAAAAAUAGUAGAUAAAUGCAGGCAAAUGCAGGCAAAUGCAGGUAAAUGCAUUGGAUAGCUUAUUGGUAGUCUUGAUAAGAAAACUCUAGGAGAGGAAAACUAUAAAAAUUAGCCCAACAGGUUGUACACUUUGUGUGGAAAUAAUGAAGCCAUGAAUCAAAGGCUUACAGUUAAGGUUCCUUUUAGGGUUUCACCGUAAGAUCCGAUAUACAUAUGCUCUGUUAAUGCCUUCUUGUCAAAUGUAACUUUCAAGUCUCUUCAAUGUUUUGUCUUCUUCCUUUGAUGCUUAUUAAAAUGAAUUCCAUAGUGAGUGAAAUGGAAAAUUUUCACUUUCUAUUUUUGCGAAUAAUACACAGGUCAGAGUGUUGAAACGUUCAGGACUUCCAAGCUGUAUUUAAUUUCGUGUAACCAAAUUCAAAAACUUGCCCCCUACCCCCCAAUUCCACUUGCGAUCUUAAUCACAGUAGAGCAGCUGUUUGAAGCAUCACAAUCACAUGGAUAAGUAUAUAUAUCUAUAUAUAUAUAUAUAACAUUAUAUAUAUCGCAAGUAUGAUUUUAGCUGCUGUGUGAAUUUUUUUGGUACCAGUGAUGCCUAGAUUUCCACUUCUGAUUGUGUGACAAUCAUUUCGAAAUGAAUAAAGCUUUUAUUGUCGUCUUGAACUAUCAGCUGCUGUUCUAGCAAUAAAAAAACUCUGCAAUUCUUAUAUUUAGCAUAUUCUCUUAAUUUUUUUUUAUGGUUGAAGAGUAACUAUUACAGUUUCCUGGAUGACAAUCCGCGUUAAUUCAUAGCUCUUGUUGGAAAGUGACUGGAAACCAAUUUUUUUUUGUUUUUAUGACGUGUAAAGCAUAGGCUCCUCUGGCAUGGGCAUCAAGUGCUAUACCAUCAACUAACUUCGUGGCUGAUUUAUGGCAUUCUUGAAGAUCAGUAUGGGGAGUUUUUUAUCACCAGGUACUUUUGUUAGCGAGUCAGAUCGUUGGAAGUUAUUGUCUCUAAUUAUAACUUUUUUGGCUUCUUAUUCGAAUAAGCCCUCUUGUUUUAAAUGCAAAAUUCUCAAAUUGUAAGAGAAGAUAUCUAAAUUCUUAAUGCUUAAAAAUGAUUCAUUACUAGUUUUACUUUUUUCUCCUUAACUAAGUUUAUGCUUCAAGUUUCGUUCUACUAUGUUACACAGUUGUGAGAACUGAUCAUUGAAAUUGGAUGAUGGAAAGAAGUGCUUUUCAAUGCAUUAAAGAUAAGCAUGUGAAAAUUCUGCUGUAAAAUGGAAAUGCGUUUAUGUUGUCCAUAUUCUAAUGGUUAAAUCUAUAAUAUCUUCAUCUGUUGCUAGAAAACAUGGCAGGAGCAUGUGUUUCCAAGUGAAGAACUCAUAAAACCGUUUCAUCUGCUGUGCUUAGGAUAUUGAUGCUUGAAAAAUGUGUGGCAGAAAGUCUCGACCUUUGAUUAUUUAUCCUGAUGCUAAUUUUCUGCUCUGGUAAUUUUGAGAUAGAACCAUUUUUAUUUAAAAAGAAAAAAGAAAAGCAAAACUUGAAAGAACCUAUGACUUCAUGUGUACUGCAUUACACAUCUAUUGAGAGGAUUCAAGAUUGUAUGGACAUACAAGAAAGAGAUGACCCCGUUCCAUCCCUUGUUUAGUUUGCUUGUAGAUCCAACAGGGUGUUUGUCUAGUGUCAGAGCUAAUCUCUAUAUAAUUGUGCUCUGGCAUUUGGCAGGCAUAUGCCCAUAAGGUUUAUCCCCCACAUUGUAAGAACUUAUAUGUUGCUACAGCUUUUGUCAUAUUCUUUCUUUUUCAUUUUCUUAAACUUUUGCAUAAAUAGGAGGAGAGUAGGCAUUUUCUCGACAUUAAUAUAAUGUUUGGAAAUUGUAUGUCAGACAAAUCCAUCCUUCAUUGUGUGAAAUUCCAAUAAGUGGUCCAUUGUUGUCCUGAUGAACUGAACACUUGUCAGUUGAAAAGUUUGAUGGUGUUCUAACUAUCAAACCAUGCAUAGGGGGUGAGGAACAUAUACAAACCCCAUCAAUUGGUAUGGAAAGAAUCUUUGGUGUUGUCUUACUUGAUGGUCUGUGGAUGAAGAGGUUAGACUAAAUGUAUAGGAUGCUGAUGCAAAUGCGGGUUUAUGUGAGAUACCCAUGGCAGAGGUAUUUCAUGCAAUGGUACGUUCUCCUGUCGUGUGAAUGUACUCAGGAGCCAAGACAUACUAAUAGGUAAGAAGUGAGUUGACUUCGUCAUCAUCCUAACAAUCACUAAGAAAAUGUGAAUUCCUGUUUGCUGUUGGGGAAUCGCCACAGCAUAUAAGGUGGCACGCUCUCAAUUCUCUACCCUUGGAUUGGAAAUGGUCGUAGGAAUCUAGUUGAUCUCUAAGGCUUAGUCUCCCUUAUUGACAAAGUAAGCAUAUCACCAUGAAGUCACCAAAAUCUUUGUUCAUUCUUGAACAGUCCUAUGAUGGGUGGAAAAUGUCUUAUUAAUUUAGUGCUGACUAAAAUUUGUGUACGUGCUAGAAAGACAACACAAUGGGGACUAAAUUUUGUUAACGGUUCAGUUGAGUUCUAUACAUGUUCCAAUCUGCAAGCAUCCCCUUGAAUAUUUCACUGGGUAUUGGCUUUCCUGAGGUGGGAACUAAGCUUCUUCCGACUAGGUUUUUCAAGGUAUCAACAUAAUCUUUCAAAUCUUUCUUGGCGAUUAUAACUUGUAUAAACCAUUUAUUGAAAUGAAAUAUAGCUCUACUUUUUUUGGUCUUUAAUAGUCUUAUAAUCAGUAAACAUUAUAAAAAGUCCCUCUUCUAAUGGCUGCUUUUUCAGAAUUUUCAAUUUUCUUUUCGAAAAAAAACUAAUUACAAGUUUGGAGGUCUUAAACCCUAGAAGUUAGGUGUUGACGCUUUCGUCUACCAACUGUAUUUAUGUUGCAACACAUUCAAGGAGCUUUAUACUCGAAGUCCAUUUGCCAAUGUUUUUCAUUCUCUAGUUUAGAUCUAUAACUUUUUGACUUGUUCCUAGGGUGUUGACACAUAGUAACAAAGACUCAACCCUGCAUAAAAGGCUCAUUAUUUUUUCUGUGCCAUCUCUUCUGUAAAUGCUUAUCUUCUGGGUGUUGACCUGUUUUCUCAUUUCGUGUACAUGUCAACACAUUUAUACCAUCAAUAGUCUUUGGAGGUGUUGACACAUUUUGUAACUCUAUAUUUUGUUAAUUUUGAAUGUAAAACACUUUAUGACGUAUAUGAACAAGUUUAUGUUUGACUCAUCGAUGAGGAUUAUAAAGUUAUGAUAUGAUUUCAAACCCAUCAUUCUCUUUUAUAUAUGAUUUAUUAGGUUUUGAUCAUGCCAACAACAAUCAAACUUUAGUAGAACUUUUAAACACUGAACAUUUAGUUCGCAAAUCCUACUUUAGGGUUUCGUGCAGCUUGGUAUAACUUAGAUGGAGCCGAGGCCUAUCUGAGGAGCCAAGGUCUAUCUUUGGGACUUUACUGCUUUGCAUGCUUCAUUAUUCUACUAUGAUCCUUGAAACCUUGAAAUGGCACAUCAAUCGUCUUCUUGAGCAGAGUCUUCAUUCUUGGACCAGCAUCUUCACGGGAAAAGUCUUCUGUCUGAUUGCAUUAAUGACAAUACAAUGGUAGGAUAGCUCGAAGUUAAAAAUGUUUGGCGUACAGGCCGUCAUAUUUGAGGUUUAGGUUAGACUAAAAGACUAUUCCUCAAAUGUUUAUUUUGAGGGAGUUAAUCUGGGUAUUGGCAUGUUGAAAGUUGUACUAAGAGUCAUCAAAUUCUUAUUGAUAGCCAUUACAUUGUUCAGACUGUCUGAGGAGGCUUUAUCAGGAGUAGAAGUGCUGAAAAGACCGAGAAGCUUAGCUAAAUCCUUGCCAUUAUCUAGGAAUCUCCUUUCCUGUGGAUUCUGGAGAACCUAACUUACUGUUUAUCACAUAUACGCUGAAGCUUAAUUUUCUGGUUGAAGAAAGAUCGUGGAAUUCAUUUGGUUGACCUCUUUUUUACUGGAAUCGGUUUAGUUUCCAUAUUGUACCUUAAGAACAAGUGAAAUUCCUAGAUGGAGCAGAUCACUAACUAUCCAUAAAGAGAUAGUUUUAUAAUGUUAUUUUUAUAAAACUAACUGGACUUUCAAUUUUGUCUGGCAGACAAGAAGAUGGGGAUGGCCCAGAGAAUGAAUCAUCUAACACAGACAAGGUUAGAAGGUUGCCUCAGAAAACAUCUGGUGAUGCAUCUCUUAGCGAUUGGAACUUGGGCUUCCAUGUAUCUUUGGUAGGUGCCAUCACUAUUUUCUUCAUUGUUGCCUAAUUAAUAUCUAGGUUCCUAAUGUACCCAUGUUGUGGUUUUUACAUAACUUCUUCUUGAUAAUUGAGGCAGUUUCCACUAGAGUGCUUGUUCAUUUUAUGCCCCUUAUAUGAAGUUAGAGUCCGGAUUGACAUAAAAUGGACAGGUUUGGUCACUAAUAUAAAUUGUGUUGGACCCAAACACUCCCAGAGUUAAUUUGGUUUCAAGUAAAUCCAUUAAAUACAAUGCAAUCAUGGUGAUAGGAUUUUCCUAUUAUUUUUGGCAAGUAUUUUUUUUCUCAAGAAGAAAAUAAAUCAUAAGUUAUAUCAGAAUCAUUCGAUAUUUUGGAAGCAUAUGAUGAGAUCUCUGGCCAAUGUGAAGUUCUUUUUUGAGAGUGAUGACAAUAUGAUGGGUGGCUAAUCAAGGAAGAUGCAGAGGCUUUAAUUUCUCGCAUAUGUUCAUUUUUGCAUUAGGAUUUUUUUUUUCAAAUUAGGACUUUUCAAGAACAAGCAACUAAAGUCUUUUCUUUUAAAAAAGGAGAGAAUUUUUUUUUCAAAAAUUGCAGUAGUUUCCUUCAUUCUGAUGUAUUUAUGUUCCAAUAUUGUUUGAGUCAUGUGACUUUCAGGCAGCUGGAUGAUGCUAGUUGCACUUGCUUGUGGAUUAGAAAUUAUGAAUUUUUGCCAGCAACUUUCCUGUUUAAACAUCAAGCAUCAAAAGCGCUUUUCGUUAUAACAACUACGCAUCUAUGCGUGAAUAUGUGAAUUUACAAGCAUGUGUUUAUAUGGGAAUUUACGCACAUAGGUGAAUAUGUGAAUUUACAAGUAUAUGUGAAUUUUGCCAUACCAUCACAAGGAGGGGGAUGCAACGUUUUGAGCAACUCUCACCGUUGAAGGUUAUGACGCUUUUAUCCAGUGAUUCUGGCUUUGCAAUCUACUGAUUUAAAGAUGAAUGCUUGUUUGUUUAUCGUUCUUUUUCAAGAAAGCUAUUGAACCUACAACCAAUUGUUAGACACUUAGAUCAUCCCCGAGAGUAUGUAGGCCAGCACUGUUGUUGUGUAAGUUGGGGUUUUUCGUUGAAUUUUCCCACAUCUUAUUAAUGUCCAUGUUUCUGCUUGGCGCUUGUGUCACAGUCAGCAUUACUGUGAAGAAUUACUUUCUCUCCACGAAAAUGCCCGCUUGAAAGUGAUAAAAACCUUUAUCAUCUUGGUGCGGCCAAAUGGAUUGUGUUUUGCUUCUUAUGCAAUCGAGAGAUAGUAUAUAUCCAUAUGUUUCUUCAGCCACUAUUAAUAAGAUCAAUGUUAAAUGAGCUGUCUAACUUGUUGGUUCUGGCACGAACAGGACAUGCUUCCCGAAUAUAUCCAUAUGCGUGUUGCAGAAUCAGUACUUUUUGCCGGAAAAGCAAUAAGAGUCCUUCGAAAUCCUAGUCCUUUUAAAUUUCGUGAAGCCUUGGUUCAUCAGCAGAUUCAUAAAACACCUCAUAGAUUUCAAGGCAUUUUAGGGAACUUUGAUUUACAAAAAGAAGCUUGUAUGCAGACCUUUAGUGGUGAACUUCUUCCUCAAGCUGAGUCCGACAAAAUUGAAGGCAUGCUUCAAGAACUUAAGGUUUUGAAUUUCUCUAUUACUUUUGUAUCAUUUGCAUAUCUUUGCUCUAAUGCCUCCUUUACUGGAAACACAUUUUUGAACAAUAAUUAAUUCACCAUGUUCAGGAUUUAUCAGAGUUUCACAAGCGAAUCUUUGAGUCUGUUGUAGACUCUGUUCGUACUAUUGCAGCGAAUCAUCUCUGGCAGGUAGGUGUUUACUUUGAACGUAACAUAAUUCCGAUGUUUCCAUUGAUCUAAUAAUUACUCUGUCCUCUUCACAGCUUGUGGUCAUACGUGCUGACCUUAAUGGACACCUCAAAGCUCUAAAAGAUUAUUUCCUUCUGGCAAAAGGAGAUUUCUUCCAGGUAAGUUACCAUUCUCUGUGCCUAAUAGUUCUCAUGUUGUUAUCAUCCUUGUUCCUAUAAUAAUAAAGACGACAACUAUGGUAUUAAGUUUUCUUAUUAAUAUCAUUUGUGAUGGGUUUUUCAUGAUAGUAAUUGUUACAGUACUGAUAAUAAUACUAUAGGCUUAAUUGAAGCUCUUGUGCUUGGAAAGUCAAGUAAUCAAGAUGGAUCGUGUCAAACUGGUUACAAUUUGGUGACAACUUUGGUCAUUUGGCUCUGAUUAUACAAGUCCCUGUUACUGUCUCUUUCUUCCUCUUUAAAGGCUUUACAUAUAGAUUCCCUUGAUCCCUGUAUACAUAAAAACUUGAGAAUCUUUGUCUACGUUAUGAUGGAUGAUGCAGCAACGACGUCAGUAGCUGCAACAGUGCUCUCUUAAUUCCCUAUCCAUCAUUCCAAGGCUCAACGAAGCUUGAACACUCGAAUUUCUUGUUGUCUUUUUAUUUCUUUACCCGUAUAUUCUUCUUAUUUCACAAUUUAUCACGAUUCUAUCUUGACUUAUAAAUACAGCUACAUUCAACCAUUUUCCAUGUUUUGCUCAUAUCAUACAUCUAUGGUUAUUCUCCCUUUGUUGAAGAUUGAGGUGCUUGCUUUUUGUUCUACUUAUUGAUCGGUAAAUUUUAACUCUUUUUUCGCGGUUAAAAUGGCCAUAACUGAAGAUUGAAUCCAUAAUUACCUGGAACAGUUGAAUUAACACAAUGUUCGGGCUCAUUUUCUCCCACUUGUCUUUGUGAGAAAUAUUUUGAGAGCUCAUGGAAAACGUACGCGUAGAUCCCUUUAUUUUUUAGUUUUUUUGACGAAUAUGUGCUGUUACCCACUUAAAAAGAAAUCUUAUUGUGAUUAUCUACAUUAGCUUCUCCGUUUUAUAGAUCCUCUGCGGCUCACUUACAAUGUCCUUUCAAACAUCUCUGCAGUUUCGCCCCCUUUAUGAAAUUCCUGCUGCACUGUAGCUUCUUUCUGUUUCAUUAGUUAGAAUGGGUGAUUGUCGAAGCUGCAUACUUGGUUCAAUAGAUUGAUGCUUGAUUGAUCCCUUUAGAGGGGGCUAAAUUAGGGUUCAUGUCAGAUGAAAAUGGAUGCUAAAUUUGUUAAGCUGUUCUUCAACCUCGAAAUAUAAAUUUGAGGGUAGCGCUUGUGUGCAUGAAUCUCGUAGAGGGAAUGUGGGAAAUUUGACAAAAUCAUCCGUUUCCAAAGUUUGUGACCUUCUAAAGUUGAACUGAAGUUUGUAGUUUUUAUUUUAUGUUAAAUCUUCGAGCACAACUGAAAAACGAUGGACUAUUAUGUUGAAGUAGGGCCGUAUAGAUAGUCAAGAUGGGGAGAACACAAAGCCCAUUGGAUUCAGUCCAUACAUUUAACAACAUAAUUCUGGUAGUCCGUUUUAAUGUUUGACUGUAAAAGAGUGUCUAACGUAAUCAUGCUAAAAUCCUCCAUCCUUUUCUGGUUCUCUUUUAUUUGUCUUCGUCUUGUAUUUUCUCAUUAAAUUUGAGCAUUUAUUGGCUUUAGCACUUGUGAAGUUUUUGUUCAUUUCCAUGUAUUGCUACCAUAUUUGCUAUUAUUUUCCUGCAUUAUAAUUAUUGUGACUUAACUGGUGUGUGCUUGGUGUUUUUUAGCAAAAAAAUUGUAACUAGUCAACGUAUGGGUUUUUUUCCACUUGCUCAUUGUUAGAUGAACUUGCCCUACCGUAGAUAUUUGAUACAUUGUUUAUAUGUCGGCUAAUUAUAACAUUUAAAUAUAUUGAAACAGUGUUUUCUUGAAGAGAGUCGUCAGUUGAUGCAUUUACCGCCUCGUCAGUCAACUGCUGAAGCUGAUCUAAUGGUUCCUUUUCAGUUGGUAAGAUUUAUUUGCAUCUUUAUAUAAAUACUCUAUGAUCCAAAAUAAAAGUGAGUAGGUACUGUCAGUCAGAAACCAGAAUGGUAACUCUGUGCACAUGCAAAGGUCGUUGCCAUCCCGUUUUCAAAAUGUGAUUCACAAGAUGUUUGAAUUUGACAAUCUAUUAUUUUGUGGUUAUUUCCGACCAAUCAGUGAUUUAAAAUAUCUCGUUUCCAAUAUUGACUGAACUUAAAAAUUCUUCCCUCUUCUCUUCGGUUGACAUUUUUUUUUAUACGUUUUCUAAACGUUGUAAAUCCCAGGUUAUUUAAGGUGAAAGGAAUAGACGGCAACCUGAAUGGGACUUAGCUGGGUGUGAAUCACGUAUUGAGGAGCAAUAAGAAGGCAGUAGUAGAGGAAGUAUAUGAGACAAUUAAACAGAUAAGGAUAAAUAAAACUUGAAAUUCCUAAUGCACUUGUGGCAAAUUAUGUGGCUACUCUGUGAUUAGAGUUUGUUAUCUUUGCUAAUGUGCAACAGUGAGCAAAUUUUGUCUAAUUGUGGAUGGGAUGAAUCUCCUUUUGAGAACCCUGCAUACGUAGUGCAACAUACGUUAUCCUGGUGUAUGUUCUUGGAUCUUAAAUUGGGGGCUCAUCUCGGCUCAGUUAAUGCAACCUUUUGUCAUGAUUUGAAGAGGAGAGUGGUCUAUUUGAACUGCCUGGUUGUCUUCAACCAGUUACAUGCAUCAAUGUAAUUACCCUGAGUAAGGAGUAUAGGUUGUUUAUAACAAUCGGUAACUUGGUCAUACAUAGCCUCCACAAUUUCAGAAUCACCCUGUUGAAUGGCCAAUUCUCCCCAGUCGGAAUAGGCAUGCCAAUUACUUUCCUUAGAACCGUAUUUGAGAGUUUCCUACGUCAUAUGGCUUAUCAGUCAGUUCUUUAGAUGUCGGAUCUUGAUCUACACAACUGAAUUAAAUGUCUGAUAAUUUUUCCCAUUUUUAGGGUUCACAAAAUGAAAUCAAUAAUAUAAUUUCAAAACCUAAUUUAAAUCAAUGAAUGUUGACGUAAUUGUUCCUUUCUCUAACAAUUAGAUAGCACUAACCACGUCCAAAAAAAAAAAAAAAGGUUUUUACGUCAGAAUGCAUAAUGCUUAUGAUUGUUGUAACUUUGGAUUGUUACUUCUUUUUGAUCCUCGUCAUGGAUGUAUUCAACAGAAAAACCUUUUUCGCGCCCAUCUAUUCUUUCUUCCUUGGGAGGGUAUGUCACUGUACGAACGUAGGCCUGCUGCCAUUAAUCUAGUCUGUAUUUCGCAUUACAGGCUGCUCUAAAGACGAUUGGUGAUGAAGAUAAAUACUUUUCAAGAGUGUCCAUAAGGUUUGUUAUUCUGGACUGGUUGGAUCGUUUGAUCAUUAACUAAGCCCUCUUUCAUACAGUUAUCAACAUUCUACAAUAGCAGAUGUCGUCUUAUGAAUCUUCCUUCAUUGCUCUGCUCUUCUAGGAUGCCUUCUUUUGGAAUUACUAUGGGAACAACGCUGAGGGAUUCUGAAGUAAAGUUAGGUUCUGUUUUACAAGGCACUGGUUCACCAGAGAUGUCACUUGAUGGUUGGGAUGGUGUUUCUCUUGAAUAUUCUCUCGAUUGGCCUUUGCAGUUGUUCUUUACACAGGAAGUUCUUUCUAAGUAAGUCCUGUAGCUCAUUUUUUUGUGUGAAGAUGAAUGUCCUUUUGAUAUGGUUCAAUUUUUAUAUACAAUCAUUAUUACACAGGUUCAAUUUCCUGUAGCUCAUUCUUGAUAAAAUUUCAGGUACAUCCGGGCUUUUCAAUAUUUGAUCAGACUUAAGAGAACUCAGAUGGAGCUUGAAAAAUCUUGGGCUUCAGUUAUGCAACAAGAUCACUUCGACUUUGCUAAACAUCGUAAAGAUCGAAAGAACUAUUCCAUUUCUCAACAGCGUCGACAGCAGUCUAGACCUAUGUGGCGUGUUCGGGAGCAUAUGGCUUUCUUGAUUAGAAAUCUUCAAUUUUAUAUUCAGGUCAGUGCUGUGAAUAAUAUGAUGCUUUUAUUCAUUCACGGAAGAUAAGAGCAUUUGCAUUACCAAAAUUAAAAAACACUCCACUAAACUGCCGAAAAUAACUAGUCCCCUGUAAGAAUGCAAAUCACACAUGACUAAGUUUUUUGAUCUGAUUAAUACAUAAUAUAUAUUUUUUCACCUUUCUUUGUAAAACCAGGGAAUGAAUUUUGCAUUUAUUACUAUCAGAACAUGAAGUCUAGUAAAUAAAACUAAUAAACUGCAGAAAAAGACUUAGCUAGAAAUAUAACCAGAUUUCAAUACUAGUGCUCGUGAACUCAAGCUGCUUUUUAACUACGAUGUCCAAACUCUGUUUGAGAAUGUUCUAUUGACAUGACUCAAUCUGUUUAUCAAGUUACUGAAAAGUUAUUUCCUCAAAUUUAACGUUAGCAAAGUCAUCCGGCAACUAAAAUAAUUGGCAAGUAUUUAUCUCAUUGGCUUUUGAUUGUUUGCACAUGGUUUUUAUAUGUUUUCAAUAGGAAUUUCCAUUUAUUUAAGUUGAAUUGUGCAUUUUACCUGGAUUCUUAAUUAUUACCAUGAGUCACUUUAUGAAUUCUUUUUUUGCCAUCGUUAUAAUCUAAUGUUGUAGCCUUAAGUAGAGUAUGCUUCUUUGCCUUUCUUUUGGUCUGUUGUGUUGUUUAUCCCUGCAUUGGUAUUCUGGUCCUCUCCCUGGUUCAGAAUGGUGACGUAAUUGGAAUAUUGUCAAACUUGGACCUGCUCGAUUAGUUCGUGGUUUGAAGAAAUGUACGUUUUGUAUUAUAAAAUAUAGCUGGCCUGACCCAUAACUUUUUCCUGGAAGAUGGUUCUGUUAUGAAAUAUCAGCGAAAGAUUAGAAGAUGGAAUUACAAAUAAGAAUAUGUACAACAAAUUUCCGUUGAAGAUGUGAGAGCCACAGGGUGUUAAUUGUAGUCCUGGCAUAUUUAGGUCUAAGCACGAGAGCUAUUUUGACUUAUGACCUUACAAAAGAACGCAGGCAAUUUACCAUUUAUUCGUUCUCAUGAAAGCCUGAAUUCCAUACCGUAAAAAAAAAGCAAGUCAUGAACAUUCUUCCUUUGCCACGGGGUUACUUAAGCUAGAGAUCCCCAUGUCUUCAUUCAAAAGCCUACUACCGUGUUAAAGAAAUAUACUUAACUAAUUAAUUUACGUUUUCUAAAUUUUAAGAAUGUAAUUGUUAAGAUGGGUUUUCAUCGUCAAUAGCUUGGAACUGGGUGGAACCACAAGGAUAGCCUAGAAUCUGAUCGUAGUCGAAUUUGACACUGAAGAAAAUAACUGUUUAUUUUAUUUUCUUCAAAUACGGCUUUAUCUUUUUAUACUAGACUGUUGAGCAUUAAUUUAUACUUCAUAUGUUAUUUUGAAGAAUGUAAUAACAUGGGAUUGCUAUGUAUUUUCGAUUCCUCUUCUAAUUUUAGAUGUCAUGCAUCUUCAGGUUGAUGUCAUUGAAUCUCAAUGGAAUAUUUUGCAAGCUCAUGUACAGGAUUGUCGUGAUUUCACUGAACUGGUAGACUUUCACCAAGAGUAAGUAAAUAGGUGCUUCUUUACUGUUACUGUGAACGUUCUCCAUAUUUUUUAUAGUUACUCAACACCUAAUUGAUAAAAAUCUCAGCUGCUUUUUAUGAUAUACUAUCAACCUAUUACAGACUCCUGAAAAUUUGUCAUUUGGAUGAAAUCUGAAUAUACACCUUAUUGCUUCGAAAUACUUUCUUGUCUGCCACUAGAGUUUCAUCAUUAUACUUAAGAUAAUGAAUAACGAAUAAUCAGAAUUUCAUCAAUAGGACUUUUUCUUUCGCAAAAUAAAGGCAUUUUAGUCAAUAAUCAAAUUUCCAUCAGUUAGAAGUUAUGUUCCAUCAGAUUUGAAUUUCAGGCUUCCCAAGUAGUGUACAUGGAAUGACGUUUCUAGAAUUGGCAAUUGUGCCGUUUAAUCUAAAACGGUCUAUUAAUUUUCUGAUGUCACGAAGAUCCUCUAUGACUUUCGCCUAGAUCUACAUGGGGUUCGUUGAUUGUUUAUCUUGCUGAAUAUUAUUAUGUGAAUCAAUGCUGAACCUGAAUAAUAGGGGCAACAAUCAUGAUUUCUUUUCGUGAUGAAAAUCUGAUGUUUUAAAUUCAGGAUGGACUUUGCCCCGCCCAUUGACGUCCCUAUUCUUGCUGUCCCUUAUUACAUGUGCAUGAAAUUCUUACUCUUGAAUUCCUUUUGCUUUAGCCUGUCCUACCCGACUGCAUUUGGCUAGUUUUUUCCCCUUUGUUAAUAUUUUGGAGAAAAUAAAUUUUUCUAUGGCUAAGUUUGAUGGCAGGAUUUAACUCGGAAAUUUUAUUUUCAGAUAUUUAAAUGCCUUAAUUUCUCAGUCCUUUCUGGAUAUUGGGUCCGUCUCUCGAAUAUUAGACAGCAUAAUGAAGCUUUGUAUGCGAUUCUGUUGGAAUAUUGAACAUCAAGAAAGCUGCUCAAAUUCAAGGGAGCUAGAACAAAUCAUUGAGGUAUUGUUACUGUAUACAUUUUCUCCCUGGUUCCACAUAUCAUGUAAUGCUUUCUUCGCUGUUGUGUAACUAGCCUAUGUGUGUUUCUUUUUUGUUUACGGGAGUGAUAAGGCUCACAUAAAGGAGUAAGAAAAAUGGAAGCAUCUUAUAGAAAUUUAUGCAGUCCCUUAUCUAAUCCGCGGAAGAUGUACCCUCACCUUAUAAUUAGCUUAUACGAUCAUAAGCCAAAAUACUAGGAUGCCUCAGUGGACCUUGUUCCUAGAGUAGUCCGAAGACCUAUUAUGCCACCUUGGGAUGCACAUUGACAAUAUUCUGGUCCAUGCUUGUGAUUCCCACUUCAGCUGCAUAAAACUUAAACACAUGAUGAAGCAUUGUUUCUCUUUCUUUCUUAAUGACCUCAGUCUAUCCCCACAAUCUGUGCAUACUUCCAUCGCCCAUGAAUUUGUUCUGGCUUUCCCUUUGCCCUGUCAAUGUUUCCCUUCAGUAGAUUCUUCCAGCCGUUGAGGCAGAUUCCGACUGCAACCUCUGUCUGAUGCCUGAUCCAUCGUCAUGGCCAAUUCAUCAGCUUGCUUGGCAUGGCUUCGAUGGUAUUUUGAUGCUUCUUGAACAGAACUAAGUUCAGGACAUUGAGUACUGGGCUCGUAUCCAUCAGCACUGAAUCAACUCCUUCCUGGGCGACCAAUAGAUUGAUUGGGGAUGCUGUCCCUAUCAGAAACCUAUUAAGUUCUGGCCCACCCAAUGUUCUCCCGGGCCUUGCCGCAGGGAGAGUAUCUGUUCCUUUCUGUGCUGGUGUUUUGCAUCCUACUUCGUGCCAGAGUGAAAAAUAAAGCAGUGUCACUUAUGCAUUCACAACCCAAGCUUCGUGUUGGAUUGUUUUUUUUUGGGUGUCCUGAUUGAUUUACUCUCAUCCAAAAGCAUGUUCCUACCUGAAAAUAGAUAGAUAGAUAGAGAGAGAGAGAGAGAGAGAGAGAGAGAGAGAGAGAGAGAGAGAGAGUCAAUCGAAAAGAAAUCCUAGCGUGGGCCUAGUUGGCCCCUACUCUAGUUGACCAACUAGCACACUGGUAUGGAACAUUGUAGGCCAAUUGCGUCUACAUUCUAGUGGGCUUACUAAGGGGAAGGAUUAGCAGAGGUUGAAAGUGGUGGUAAAUUUUACAUUUAAUGAGGAUUGGGAGCUAUGCGUAGAGGUUCUGUCUUAUCAUUGGAUGCAGUAAGUUGCCACUUCAGUCAACGUAGUAUAGUAGGAAAGGUUCGGGCAUGCGUCCUCUUAAGAAUUUUACCAAAUGCAUCUUAUCUAGGACGAAGGUGGAGACUUCAUAUUUAAAGUCGGCUUGUACUGUACGCAUUUUUCUCCAUGGUUCUGGUCAUAUUUGGUCAAUUUAUCCGAGUCAUAAUGAGCCGCAUCAUGCAUCUGGGAGAAGCUGGAACUGCAAUCUUGUUUGAUAUAUGAACCUGCAGAGGGCCUCCUAGGGUUUUCUGUCUGAGAGAGUCUGGUGAACGAAGAUUCUACUGGGAUGACGGCGACUGUAAAAAUCAGUCAAACAAGUCAAACCUGAUCUUUCUAAAACCAGGUAGGUGGACGAGGGAAUUCGAUGGUGAUUGGGCCCACCAAUAAUAUGCUCUGUGACCUAAAAAUUUAGCCUGUGGAGGGAAGAUAAUGCGUAGGGGCUCUGGAUGCCACUGAAACGAUGUGGAUGGUGGGAGACAGUGAGGAGCUCUAGUCAGUCUAUAAAACAUGGGUUGAUGCUGGAUGCUGCAUUGGGCAACAUAGAGAUUAAUAAAUAAUUUGUGGGUUCUCAGAAAAUCACUCAAACAAAUUGCAUUGAUUACCCAAAAAAAAAAAAAAAAAAGAAAAAAGGAAGAUUUUUGCGCUUUUAUUCUUGCGCCUCUUCAGCUUUUGGCUGCCCUGAGCGACAUGUUUAGUCCUGAAUGGGAUCUCUAUGCGCUGCUGCAGGAGUUCAACAAGAAGUCCAACUCCCUCUACACGAUCCUCCGCAGCAGCCGCUUCGCCGGAAGCCAACGAGCCCCUUCCCUGAGGCGGUUCCUCUUGCGUCUCAACUUCAACUCCUUCUUCGAGGUAGAAUCCACUUCAGCCCUCUGAUUAUUCGGAUUAAAAAUCCCAUCUUUCGAGCUCCGGAGACGAGUAACGUCAUAUGGGCAGGUGCGAGGGUUGAACGUCAUUCGGACUUGCCCAACCGCGCCGCCUCCCCUCAAGCCGCAGCCGCAGCAGCAGUAGCAAGCAAGCAAGCCAGGCCAUCUCUCUCCUCGUCUCUGGCCCUCACUGUAUAAUGAUGCAUUCUCCUGAAUCAGCCGUGACACGGAAACUUAUGGCCGAGGAGGUCCAUUCAUGGCGUGUCGGCUUCACGGGGGAGGAAGCGUGCACCUUUAGCUGGGCCCGUCUUCUCACUCGGAAAUGAACAGGAGCGCCGGUGCCGAUAGGUCUCGUCAGCGUGCUUCUUCUUCGUUGGGGAUUCCUUGUCAACGUUAACAAACCCCCAGCCCUCCACUGCUGGACCGGCAUGCACAACCGGCGCCUGA